UGCGCAUUCCCCUCGCGCCCGUCCCCGCGCUCGGCAGCCGCGCCAUGGCGGGGAGCGGCGGGGCCCGCGGCGCGCUCUCGGCGCACACGCUCCUGUUCGACCUGCCGCCCACGCUGCUGGGCGAGCUGUGCGCGGUCCUGGACAGCUGCGACGGCGCGCUGGGCUGGCGCGGCCUGGCGGAACGACUUUCAAGCAGCUGGCUGGAUGUUCGUCAUAUUGAAAAAUAUGUAGAUCAAGGUAAAAGUGGAACAAGAGAAUUACUUUGGUCCUGGGCACAGAAAAACAAGACCGAGAAAAAAAUGCAAUGCCAAAAACAUUGGAAGAGGUUUUUAUCUGAGCUUGAAGUUUUACUACUGUUUCAUCAUCCAAAUAUACUAGAGUUGGCUGCGUAUUUUACAGAGACUGAGAAGUUCUGUUUGGUUUAUCCGUAUAUGAGAAAUGGAACGCUUUUUGACAGAUUACAGUGUGUAGGUAACACGGCCCCACUCUCUUGGCACCUGCGAAUCAGUAUAUUAAUAGGAAUAUCCAAAGCCAUUCAUUACUUGCACAACACUCAACCGUGCUCGAUCAUCUGUGGCAGCAUAUCAAGCACAAACAUACUUUUGGAUGAUCAAUUUCAACCCAAACUAACUGAUUUUGCCAUGGCACACUUCCGACCCCACCUAGAACAUCAGAAUUCUACCAUAAAUAUGACCAGCAACAGCAGUAAACAUCUGUGGUACAUGCCAGAAGAGUAUAUCAGACAAGGGAAACUUUCCAUUAAAACAGAUGUCUACAGCUUUGGAAUUGUAAUAAUGGAAGUUCUAACAGGGUGCAGAGUGGUGUUAGAUGAUCCGAAACAUAUCCAGCUGCGAGAUCUCCUCAUGGAAUUGAUGGAGAAGAGAGGCCUCGAUUCAUGUCUCUCAUUUUUAGAUAAGAAAGUGCCUCCCUGUCCUCGGAAUUUCUCUGCCAAGCUAUUCUGUUUGGCAGGCCAAUGUGCUGCAAGGCAGGCAAAGUUAAGACCAUCGAUGGAUGAAGUCCUAAAUACUCUUGAAUGUACUCAAGCCAGCUUAUAUUUUGCCGAAGAUCCUCCCACAUCACUGAAGUCCUUCAGGUGCCCUUCUCUUUUAUUUUUGGAUAAUGUAAGAAGUAUCCCAGUGGAAGAUGAUGAAAACCAGAAUAACCAUUCGCUACCUGCUGAUAAAGUUUUGAGAAAAGAUAGAAUGGCUCAAAAAACUCCAUUUGAAUGCAGCCAGUCUGAGGUUACAUUUCUGGGCUUGGACAGAAAGACAGGGGGCAGGAGAAAUGAGGAAGCUGACAGCAUGCCCAGUGCUUCUUGUGCAGAAAGUUGGUUCCCAAAGCAUGUGGUUCCAUCACAGGACUUACGGGCCCAUAAGGUGCAUAUGGACCCUUCUUCAGAAGGUCCCGGCCAUUCUGACGGGAGCGGUCCGGUGGAAACUACCUGUUGCUCCGAAUUUUCUUGGAAUGAAUAUGAACAGUACAAAAAGGAAUAAAGGUCACCAGAAGACAAAGAACAAAAGCAGGUGUUGCUGAGGCACCUGAGUGCAGGGAUCACCUUGGGAAGACACUGUCUCCAUAAGUAGUGCCAAGAGAAUGAUCGGUGGUGAAUUUAGGAAAUGCAUAUGAACAAUCUGGAAAAUUCUCUUCCUUUCUUCACAGCCCCAAAACAGAGU